AUUGGCCGCGGAUUUACGGAUUGCCUUAGCCACACACUGGACCUUGCCCAGGCGGGGCCCACCCGGUUCUAGGCCGCCUCGGAAACUCGUCCACAUCCUAGCCAGCACUCUCGUCACCUUCCCGGAACAAGAACAGCAGCACCUGGGACCCUCCCGUGCCCUAUCAAAAUGGGAUUUAUUAUUUCAAAACCUAUGAAUGAAAACAUGAAACAACAGCAGGAAUUUAUGCUUAUGAAUGCUCGACUUCAGAUGGAAAGGCAACUAAUGAUACAAAAUGAAAUGAGAGAAAGGCAGAUGGCCAUGCAGAUUGCUUGGACAAGAGAAUUCCUCAAAUAUUUUGGGACAUUUUUUGGCUUGGCUGUCAUUGGUCUCACAGCGGGAGCAAUUAAAAAAAGGCAACCAGUCUUCUUCGUUCCUGUUAUUCCAUUAAGUUUUGUAUUUGCUUAUCAGUAUGAUAUGGGCUAUGGAACCCUUCUGCAGAGGAUGAAAGGUGAAGCAGAACAUAUACUUGAUAUAGAAAAUAACAAGCUGCAGCUGCCAAAAGGGAUGAUCACUUUUGAAACCAUUGAAAAGGCCAGAAAAGCUCAGAGCAAAUUCUUCAUAGAAAAAUGAAGAUGGCUUCACUAGACUCUACUCAAAGCACAAAAUAAUUUGGUUGAAUUAUAUGUUUUCUAUUUAAUUUUUUAAAUGGUACCAAUUUUUUUGGAUAUAAUGUGGUUUGUAAAAAAAAAAAAAAAUAAAA